AUGUGGAUGAAGGCGAAAUUCGACAUCAAAGUCUACACCGUGGAGGAUUUUAAGGUUUUCUUAGAUGGUAUUAGAAAAGAAGGAAAAACAUGCAUUCUUGAGUCCCCCAAUCUAAUCCCAGGACGUUUCGAACCCAUAGCCACAUUUGCAGAACGCUCACCUCCUCCCCAUUCUUCCAUCAGCAAAACCCUGCCCAUCCCUGCGUUUACCGUGAACAACAAAACCCGCCCCGUCCAUUCACGAGACCAUCUCGGUAUCUAUUUUUCGAACUGUGAGCCAAAUACCUCUGUCUCAAUGCACGUUCACAUUGAAACCUAUAACAUAUACCGAAAUGGCAAGGACUAUCUUGAAGUCGGUAGAACUCAAUUGCCAAUGAUCUACUUCAUUUUUUCCGUCCUUUACUUGCCGUUUCUGGCCUUGUGGGUAUAUGUAUGCAACAACAGGUCGUUCGUUCGCAAAAUACACAUUCUGAUGGCCAUAUUGGUCUUAAUGAAAUCGUUGAAUCUAUUUUUCGAGGCAGAGGACAAACACUACAUCAAGGUCAGUGGAACCCCUCAUGGAUGGGACUUAUGGUUUUAUUUGUUCCAUUGUCUUCGUGCUCUGCUAUUGCUAACCAUAAUCAUGUUGAUUGGGACUGGUUGGACAAUCUUAAAACCAUGUUUACAUGCCAACGACAAGAAAAUCUUGGCUGUGGGCGUAAUAAUUCAGGUUUUCGCUAGCAUAGCCCAUGUUUAUACAGAUGAAACCGGCCCAUCCAAUAGCAACUACUUGUAUUUGACUCUAGCGUUAUUGCUGGUCGAUUUCGUUGGCUUUACUAUAGUUUUCGUUCCAAUUGAUUCGUCCAUGAAGACACUUAAGGAAGCUGCGAAGACAGAUGGAACUGCUGCACGGGAUCUGGGAAAGACGAGACUUUUAGGAUAUUUUAAUGGAUUUGUGUUUACGUUCUGGCUAAUGAAGUGGUUUGCGUUGUUUUUGGUCUCUUUUGACCCCGAUGAAGAUUGUUUAGAGUGGUUGAUUGUUACUAUUGAAGAGACUCUUGCCCUUGGAUUUUACGUUGGAAUGUUUUAUUUGUUUCGGCCUAGGCAGCAAAAUGAGUAUUUUGCUAUUGAAGAUGAAGAGACGGCUCUUGCUAUGAUUCGCAGAGAGUUUGCCUCUAUCUGA